GUUCCCCCAGACGCCGUCUCAGCCAGCCCAGCAGCAGCCGCAUCUUCCCCAUGGCCUUCGUGCUCUCUCUACUCAUGGCCCUGGCUCUGGUCAGCUACAGCCUGGGAGGAUCCCUGGGCUGUGACCUGUCUCAGAACCACAUGCUGAUUGGCAGGAAGAACCUCAGGCUCCUGGGCCAAAUGAGGAGACUCUCCCCUCGCUUCUGUCUGCAGGACAGAAAAGACUUCGCUUUCCCCCAGGAGAUGGUGGAGGGCGGCCAGCUCCAGGAGGCCCAGGCCCUCUCUGUGCUCCACGAGAUGCUCCAGCAGAGCUUCAACCUCUUCCACACAGAGCGCUCCUCUGCUGCCUGGGACACCACCCUCCUGGAGCAGCUCCGCACUGGACUCCAUCAGCAGCUGGAAGACCUGGACGCCUGCCUGGGGCAGGUGAUGGGAGAGGAAGACUCUGCCCUGGGAAGGACGGGCCCCACCCUGGCUGUGAAGAGGUACUUCCAGGGCAUCCAUGUCUACCUGCAAGAGAAGGGAUACAGCGACUGCGCCUGGGAAAUCCUCAGAGUGGAGAUGAUGAAAGCCCUCUCGUCAUCAACCAGCUUGCAAGAAAGGUUAAGAAAGAUGGGUGGAGAUCUGAACUCACCUUGAAAGGACUCUCACUCACUAAGAUGUCACAUCAGCC